AUGAUAAUAUAUAUAAAUAACCCAUUUGUAUAUUCAAAUAUAAAAAAAUGCAACAAACAUAUGAAUUCAAUGAAUGUAUAUAAUUUUAGUGGAGGGGAAGGGAAUUUAUGUGGCCGUUUUAAAAAUAUAUUACCCCGUUUUUUCAAAAUACUGUCAUAUAAAAAUUUAAGCCCAAAUAAAAGGCUCGAAGGGUCUAGCGAAUCACACAUAUAUUAUAAUGGAACUGACAAUUUCAAUCAUUGUCUAUAUAAACAAAAUGGAAAACAGCAUGUUACAAACAAUAAUGAAAAAGGCAAAACAUAUAAAAACAGAUCAAAAUUGUUAUUUAUAAAUUCUUCAAAUUCACCUUAUUUUAAUUUACAAAAAAAACAGAAUAAACAAGAAGGUCUAAAUUAUUUAUUUAAUCGUAGAUUAAUGUACACUCAAGGAAAUUAUGUAAAUAAUGUGUACCCCAAAAUAUUUAAUUCAGAAAAAAAAAAUUACUCAAUUCAUUCGUUAGGAGAUAAUGCAAAUUAUGGUACCACAUUUUCAAACGAAGAUAAAAAUAUGAAUUAUGAAAACAAUAAUGGAAAUAAUUUGGAUGCAUAUUUUGAUCAAAUAAAUAAAUACAUUGAUGUAGACAUGUAUAAAAAUAAAUAUGGAGAAGAAAUUUACAACGAAAUAAUAAAUCUAUAUGUUAAAAGAGAUAUUCCUAAAAAUUAUGAACAGAAAUAUUUUUUAAAAAAUGUAAAAAAAAGUAUAAUUUUUGAUAUGGAUAAAUAUAAUGAUGAAGAGUUUGAAAAAAAAAUCGAAGAAGAAUUUACAAAUAAUGGAGUAUUAAUAAAUACUAUAAAUAAAAAAUAUUAUAGCAAAAAAAAUAUAAAAAGAAUGUUAACUAUUCUUAAUUAUUUACCAUUAUUAAAAAUAAUUAAUAAUCCUAUGGAUUUAAAAAAUUUAAAGAAUAAGUAUUUGCCAUUAUUAUCACAUGAGUUAAAAAUGUUUCAUUUUUUUUUAGUAAAUAUAACAGGAGGACAUUUCUCGGCAGGUCUUAGUUUAUUAGAAUUACAACUAUCUUUGUUAUAUAUUUUUAAUCCACCUUUAGAUGAAAUUGUGUAUGAUAUAGGGCAUCAAACUUAUAUACAUAAAAUUUUAACUGGAAGAAAAUUAUUAUUUUUAUCGUUAAGACAAAAAAAUGGAAUUAGUGGUUUUUUAAAUAUUUUUGAAAGUGUAUAUGAUAAAUUUGGUGCAGGUCAUAGCUCAACAGCCUUGAGUGCAAUACAAGGUAUUUACGAAGCAAAUUGGCAAGUCUCACAAUCUAAUAAAAAUGAUACAUUAAAAAAUGAAGAUAGUUAUGACCGUGAUGAUACAACAAAUAAAUUCCAUAUUUCUAUUAUUGGAGAUGGUGGAUUAACUGGUGGAAUGGCUUUAGAAGCCUUAAAUUAUAUAUCCUUUUUAAAUUCAAAAGUUUUAAUAAUUUAUAAUGACAACAGACAAGUUUCACUACCUACAAACGGGAUGUGCAUAUCUGGGAAUAGACCAAUAGGUGCUAUUUCAGACCAUCUUUACGAUUUUGUCAAAAAAAAUGGAGAUAAAAAUUUAAGCGAAGCUAGCCAAAACAGUCAAGAAAAUAAUAUGAACGAGUCAGGUAAAAACCAAAACAUUUUUACGAAUAUGAAUUAUGAUUAUAUAGGACCUAUUGAUGGAAAUAAUGUGGAGAAACUUAUAAAAAUUUUAGAGGAUAUAAAAAAUAAGGGUCUACAAAAAUCAACUGUACUUCACAUUUUGACAAAAAAAUCUAGUGAUUAUAUAAAUUCAAAAAGUCCAAUAACUAUUAUGCAUUCAAUAAAAAAAAAUGAAAUUUUCAAAUUUAGUUUAGAAGAAUUAGACAAUUCUCAUGAUGAAAAUAGUAAUAGCAUAAAUGAAGAAUCUAAAAAAGAAGAUACUACAAUAAAUGAUGAUGAAAUAUUUUCAAACGAAACAUAUAUAAAUGUAUAUACAAAAGAAAUGUUAAAAUAUUUAGAAAAAAAUAAAAAUAUUAUAUUUAUAUCUCCAGCAAUGUUAGGAGGAUCAGGAUUAUUAGACAUUAGUAAAGAUUAUCCAAAAAAUGUUUAUGAUGUAGGAAUAGCUGAACAGCAUGCAGUUACAUUUUCAGCUGCUAUGAGUAUGAAUAAAAAUUUAAAUAUACAUUUACAUAUAUAUUCAACAUUUAUGCAAAGAGCAUAUGAUCAGAUUAUACAUGAUUUAAAUUUACAAAAAAUUCCAUUAAAUAUUAUUAUUAAUAGAAGUGGUUUAGUUGGUGAAGAUGGAGCUACACAUCAAGGUAUAUAUGAUUUAUCUUACUUAGGAGUUUUAAAUAAUUCUACUAUUAUAUCACCAAGUAAUUCUAUAUCUUUAAAAAAAGCUUUAAAGUAUUGUUCUAUAAAUAGAAAAGAAGGUUCUAUAUAUAUUCGCCUACCUAAAGUUAACACAUUAAGUGAUAGUUACAUGAAAAAUUAUUUAAAUAUGGAUAUUAUGAAAGAGAUGGAAGAAAUUGAAAAAAUUGGAGACCCAGAAUAUGCUCGAAAUAAUUACUUUGGUAAAUCGCAAAUAAUUCAAAUGAAUAAUCCAGAUAAAAAACAAAAAGAAGGUAAAAAAUUAGUCUGUAUAUUUAAUAUGGGAAGUAUGUUAUAUAAUAUUGUAAAUGCGAUAAAAGAAAUAGAAAAAGAUCCAGUUUUUUCUGAACAAUUUUCUUUUUCAAUUGUUGAUAUGAUAUUUUUAAAUCCGAUGGAUACAAAUAUUAUAGACUAUGUAAUAAAUAAAAAUAAACAUGAUUAUUUAAUUACAUAUGAAGAUAAUACAUUAGGUGGUUUUUACACACACUUUAAUAAUUAUUUAAUCGAAAAAAAUUAUAUAUCAAAACAUAAUUUGCUUGUUAAAAAUAUUUAUCUCCCAAACUAUCCGAUAGAACAUGCUACAUAUGAUGAGCAACAAGAGUUUGCCAAAAUGGAUCAACAAAAUUUAAUACAUCGAAUUAAAAGUUAUUUAGGAACUAACGUUGAAUGA